GCGGUACUCGCCGGCAGUCAAUCAAAACCGUAGCGCCCUGCGUACCGAACCCACUUCACUACUACUCCGGGGCGGUGGCGCGACGGCGGGGCCCUCCCGCGCCUCGGCGGCGGUCCAGCCGGUCCGCGCGCCGAGUUUUUCGACGAGUUGCCUCAUGAUUUCGCCCCCUGAACGUUCUUGGCGCCGGCGGCCCCGCGGGCGCCGCUGCACGCCGGCCGACGACGCGCCGCGGCCCCGGCGGUGCGCCCGCGCGCGGCGGCCCUCGCGCGCGCGCCCCCGCCCCCCCGCCCUCGCCCCGCGCGCGCGCGGCCGGCCCGCGCGGGCCGCCGCGCGCGUCUCUCCCGAAUUCGGUGGCGCGCGGCUCGUUGCCCUGGGCGUGCUCCGCCGCCUAGCGUCGUGGGACACCGCAUCAUGGAAACGGCCGCCGCCGGCCCGGUAUGUGACGCGCGGUUUGUUCGAGCGCGCGCGUUUUUCGCAGUUACGUUGACCAUGGCCGACGAAGCGGACAAGGAGAUCGCGGACGACGACCUCGUCGACUACGACGACGACGACGUCGAGGAGCAGGGGGGCGACGAGGCCAAGGAGGCGAAGAAGGGCCACUACGUCGGCAUCCACGCGUCGGGCUUCCGCGACUUCAUCCUCAAGCCCGAGUGCCUCCGCGCGGUCGUCGACUGCGGCUUCGAGCACCCGUCCGAGGUGCAGCACGAGUGCAUCCCCCAGGCCGUGCUCGGCAUGGACAUCAUCUGCCAGGCCAAGAGCGGCAUGGGCAAGACGGCCGUCUUCGUCCUCGCGACGCUCCACCAGCUCGAGCCCGUCGACGGCGAGAUCUCCGUGCUCGUCAUGUGCCACACGCGCGAGCUCGCGUUCCAGAUCAAGAACGAGUACGCGCGGUUCUCGAAAUACCUGCCGGCCGUCAAGGUCGAGGUCUUCUACGGCGGCGUGCCGAUCACGCAGAACAAGGCGGCGCUCAAGGCGAACACGCCCCACAUCGUCGUCGGCACGCCCGGCCGCAUCCUGGGGCUCGUCAAGUCCAAGGAUCUCGUGCUCGGCAAGCUCAAGCACUUUGUGAUGGACGAGUGCGACCGCAUGCUCGAGGCGCUCGACAUGCGCAAGGACAUCCAGGAGAUCUUCCGCACGACGCCCCACCAGAAGCAGGUCAUGAUGUUCAGCGCGACGCUCUCCAAGGAGAUCCGGCCCGUGUGCAAGAAGUUCUGCCAGGACCCCAUGGAGAUCUACGUCGACGACGACACGAAGCUCACGCUCCACGGCCUCCAGCAGUACUACGUCAAGCUCCAGGAGGCGGAGAAGAACCGCAAGCUCAACGACUUGUUGGAUGCCCUCGACUUCAACCAGGUCGUCAUCUUCGUGUCCAAGGUCGCGCGCGCGACGGAGCUCGACCGCCUCCUCUGCGAGUGCAACUUCCCCUCCGUGUGCAUCCACAGCGGCAUGACCCAGGAGGAGCGCAUCACGCGCUACAAGGACUUCAAGGACUUCAAGAAGCGCAUCCUCGUGUCCACGGACCUCUUCGGCCGCGGCAUCGACAUCGAGCGCGUCAACAUCGUCAUCAACUACGACUUCCCCGAGGUCAAGGAGGGCGCCGCGCAGACGACGGCGAGCGACCAGUACCUCCACCGCGUCGGCCGCGCCGGCCGCUUCGGCACCAAGGGCCUCUCCAUCUCCUUCAUCUCCUCCAAGGAGGACGCGGAGAUCCUCGCGGCCGUCCAGAGCCGCUUCGAGGUCAACGUCUCCGAGCUGCCGGACCAGAUCGACAUCUCCUCCUACAUGUCCUAGGCCCGAACGCCCCCCCCGCCCAAGGCCCUCCCCCGGCGCGCCACCCCGCGCGCCCCGCUCUCCGCGUAACACGACGGCUCCCUUCG